AUGGGAGCUAAUCCAUGUUGUUGCCGUUUAAAAGAUGGUUCUAUUUCUAUAGCAAUAUGGAGUUUUAUAUUUUCUAUUGUUCAAUUGGGUAUUUUUGGUUGGCAACUGGCAGCCAUAAAAUAUGAAAAAGAUAGAGCAGCAAAUAACCUGUUACCAAACUAUAAUACAUAUGGAAGAUUUGAUAUACCUUCUUAUUAUGAAAGUUACUGGCAAUCACCAGAAGAAAGAUAUUAUAUUGGAUUGUUUGUUUGUCAAAUCAUCUGUGCAAUUGUAUCAUUUUUCUUGUUAUUUGCUUCAGUAGCCUUGAUAUAUGGAAUACAUACUUUAUCACGUUAUUUAAUUUGGCCAUGGUUUCCAUGUAUGCUUUUUUCUAUUUUAUCUUCUUUAGCAUAUUGUAUAACAUGGUGGGCAGGUGAUGUACGUGAUUAUUGGAUAGUUCUUACAAUAAUUGAAAUUUUUGGUGUUGUCAUAAAUUUAUACUGCUUUCUGGUUAUUCUUGUAUUUUAUUAUAGAAUUGGAAAAGAAAGAAAAGUAUAUGAAAAACGAAUGUUAUCAUUAGAAAAUGAUGCAUUUAAUUAUCCAUCAAUGAAAAAAGAUUAUUCUGUUCCACCAAAAAAACAUCCUUAUGAUAUUGAUGCUAUAGAAGAUGAAGAAUAUGAUGAUCAAAAUAAAUCUUAUUAUCCUAAUGGAACUUUUAGGAAAUCACAAAAACAAAGAAAGGUCUAUGAUGAUAAUAUAAGAUAUGAGAAAGGUAAUAGUAAACUUAUUCAUAUGGAUAAGUAUAGAAAAAAUAAUUUAGAAGAAUCAAGGUUGCUAGAAUGGGUUAAGAGUACUACUGAUUUGACUUCAAAUCAAAAUGAUAAUAAUAUGCCAAUAGGAUAUCAAAAAAGAGAAUAUGAAGAUGAUGGUGGUUUUGAUACAAAACCUAGUAGAACUCCACAUUAUCAUAAUGAUUAUUCAACACCAGCUGAUCCACCAAUGCCAUAUGUAGAAGAUUUUGAAGAAUUACCUGCAAGUGCUGAAGCAUCAACUAUGAGAAGUCUACAUGAACAGGAAAUUGAACAUAGACAUCAUAAAUGUAAACAUUAUGACAAUUGUAAAAAAAAACAUAAACAUCGUCAUAGAAAGCAUAAAAAAUGUCAUCAUAGUGAAAAGAGAAAACACUAUCAUGAUUCUGAAGAUUUUGAUAGUGAAUUAACGUAUAAUCCUUCUUUUCAUACUGAAUCUACAUUUACAAAUAUAUGUAGAGAUAAAAAUAGUGAUUAUAUAUAUGAUCAUGAUGAUACUCAUUGUUCACAUCAUCGACGUUCACGUAGCUAUCAUAAACCUCGACAUCGAUCAUGUUCUAAACAUCGAUCACCAUCCCGGCAAUAUCAUUCAAACGAUGAAGAUUCAAAAAAUUUAAAUAAUUAUCCAACAUUAUCAUUAGCAGAUCUCGAAAAAGGCUUUACUAUACCACAGAGAAUAAUUAUACCACCUAACCCUCCACCAGGACCGGAUGGAAAAAUUCAACCACAGACGUAUCAUAUUAAUUCAGAGAUUAUAAUAAGUUACGAUGAAAAUGGUAAACCAAAAUUUACCAAUGAAAUAGUAAGUAAUUCAACAAAAGAAAAAAAAUCUGAAAAACAAAUUUUACCUGGUAUUUCUUCAGAUGUCUAA